CAAUGACGUCAUGUCACUCCUACCUGUUUUGGGACAGUGAGGAAGUUCCACUUUUGGGUGGAUUUGUUUGACAGCUAGCGUAUCCUACCCACUUGUAUUUGUCUUCCACUCCAUGCAGAAUCAAGCAUGCUACUCCUCGAAGUGAAGUGAACGAGCGAAGGGAACUUGCGCCUUAAAACCUUUUGGUGUUGCUUUUCUCGAACAUGGCACAUAUGGACACGACCGGGGCCUUCAGUCGCAAGAGAAGGGCCACGUUUGCGGCGGGGAGAGGAGCGAGUCUAAAGCUGAUGAAUGAGAAGUGUAUGUCGGCGAGUCAGUUUUCAGUGGCCGCUGGCCGAAAAACGGACAGCGAGGCAGCCAAAGUUGACCGCCUGUGGGAGACAGCCCGGCCCACAACAAAGUGUGACAAAAAGAAACGUAACAAUGACAUAAACGACAGAUUGAGCUGUCACAAGACACAAGAGUCCCUGCUGUCUUCAUCCAGUGGUUUCAGUAACUACAGAGGCAUUCUAAACUGGUGCGUGGUAAUGCUGAUACUUAGUAAUGCCCGACUCUUCCUAGAAAACCUCUUAAGAUAUGGGGUUCUGGUGGACCCUAUUCAAGUGAUUUCCUUAUUCUUGAAGGACCCCUACAGCUGGCCAGCAGUGUGCCUGGUAAUUGUUUCCAAUGCCUUUAUCCUGGUGGCUCUUUAUACAGAGAGACAGUUGUCAAAGGGUUCAUUCAGUGAGCGUGCGGGCUUUCUUGUCCAUAGUGUUAAUUUGACUGUCAUGCUCACAUUCCCUGCCGCAGUGGUACUUGUGGUGCCCUCCACGACCCCAGUUGGAGGUGCCUUUGCACUCGGUACCUACACCAUUCUCUUCCUAAAGCUCUACUCCUACAAGGACGUCAACAUGUGGUGUCGGCAGCUGAGCACCAUGAAGGCCAAGAAACUGGCUAGGUCUCUGUCUUGUCCAUCAUCCAAGUACUUCAACGUAGAUGACCAUAAAGUUUGUUACCCUGGCAACCUUACGAUGAGAAACCUUUACUACUUUGCCUUUGCUCCGACUCUAUGCUACGAGCUCAACUUUCCUCGCUCUCCUAAGAUCCGCAUGAGUUUCCUCCUGAGGAGACUUUUUGAGAUGGUCUUCCUCAUCCAGAUGUUAGUGGGUCUAACUCAACAGUGGAUGAUUCCCAUCAUUGAAAGCUCUAUGAAGCCGCUGGAGGACAUGGAUCUAUCUCGGAUGACUGAGAGACUUCUAAGAUUGGCUGUUCCCAACCACUUGCUUUGGUUGAUGUUUUUCUACUGGUUCUUCCACUCUUCUUUGAACUUCACAGCAGAGCUUCUGCGCUUCGGAGACCGACAGUUCUACAAAGACUGGUGGAACUCUGAGUCGGUGACAUAUUUCUGGCAGAACUGGAACAUCCCCGUUCACAAGUGGUGUCUCCGGCACUUUUACAAACCGUUGCUGAGGAGAGGUUUUAGUCAGAUAGUCAGCCAGUCAGCAGUCUUCUUCUUGUCGGCGUUCUUUCACGAGUAUCUGGUGAGUGUUCCUCUGAAGAUGUUCCGACUGUGGGCUUUCAUGGGCAUGAUGGCUCAGCUUCCGUUAGCCUGGUUUGUUGGCCAUCACCUGCGUGGUAACUACGGCAACGCUGCAGUGUGGAUUUCACUCAUAAUUGGUCAACCUUUUGCCAUCCUGAUGUACGUCCACGACUACUACGUCUUGCAUUACCGACAAGAGACCCACUGAUCUGAAGUUGAUUCUUUGUCUCUCUCUGAGUCUUCAACAUGCAAGCAGACACUCGAGUCUAUUUUGCCAUGGCAGCCAUAAGCCUUACAUUAACUUUAAUGUUGGAGACCAACUAUUUUUUUGCAAAUAUGAGCUUUUCGAGUUUUUAUAAUGUCACUCUUGAUAAAUAUUUAGAAAUUUUCUUUUUUCUCUCUUUUCCUUGGUAUGUCAAAAUUAUCUUCAGGUGACUUUUUUGUUUGCCAGUGUCCUUGCGCAAUUUGUUCUCACUUUAACUUACUUGAAAAUGGUGCAUCGAAAAUGAAAACUGUUUUUCCAUUUACUGCACACCUGAAACUGAACAUGCUGCACCAAAACACCAUAUUUUGCUAUGAAACCCGUUUUUAUUUCCGUUAAUGCACUUCCGUCUAUACAUUUCCGUAAGAACGGACUUCUGAAAAAAACUUCAGCCUCAUGUGUUCUUCCCUGUUCUUUUCCUUUCCUGUGAUGCAUUUGUAAAAAAAGUGAAUAAUGGAAAAUGUUCAUGCUGACUAUGUUUGAAGUGCCUUCAUAAACAUAAUAGUGGACUCAUUAUCAGGUUUUGUCAAAAUGUUACUGUGAAAUGAGCGCAAAAAAAAGUAUGCGGUGAGAUUGUUUUAUGGUAGUUUGUAUUUCCUGUUAUAUUUUCAAUAAUGUUCGUGCAAAAAAAAUCCUGUUGCUGUGGUGUCAGUAGAUAUUUUUUUAAUGACUCAGCUUUCUUUGGUUUCUUUUAUUUGAAUACAUAUUUGUAUUUCAAGUUUUUGAUGAAGAAUUAGACUCUAAUAAUGUACAGUAAAUUGUGUUGAAUAGUGGGUUGACAAACACGUGGAUGUAGACCUCCUCCAAACGAACCACCCUUUUGAAUUCGCUGCUAACCUCAAGUUUGUACAAAUGUUCCGUGUUCUCAUCAUCAUCACGACAUGAGGACAAGUCUGAGUCUGCUUUUCUUCACUCUGACGUUGAAUUCAAUAGAAAGCCUGCAGCAAUCACAAA